AAUCAAUUACAAGUUGGCAGAGUUAUCUUCUUCUUCUCCAUUAGGAUUUCUAAUCUCUAUUUGGCAAUUUCAUUUCCAUUUUAGAGUUGCAAUUUUUGUUGGUGCAAUAAUUUAUACUUGUUUUUGGAAGGGUGAGAGAAUAGUUGCAGAUAUUAUACCAGCAGCAUUGAGAGUAAGUAUUAAAAAAUCAAUAGAUACAAUUCAAUAAACUGCCAAAUGUUAGACAGAGAAAGGGGAAAUCAUUACCAUUCGUGAAGAGAAAUAAAAGGGGGCCUACGGCAAUUCGAACUCGUUUAUAUGCCGCUAAUCUCUCACAUCCUUAUCCUCUCAAUCUUUUGAUUUCCUUCAUGCACAGCCAGUUUUGUUUCUCUCUCUCUCUGUUUCUGUUCUGCAAAACCCAUAAGUGAUAUAAUAAUUUAUUGUGAUCCAUUUUUAUAUAUUGGGACUUAUCUUUUUCUUAUUUCUUUUAUUCUAUCCUUACUAAAUUUUGAGUUUUGUGGGUUUAUCUUUUUCUUUUGAACCCUUUGAGUCAUCGUUGUGCCUAAAGGCUACAUCUUUAUUCGAUUGAAUCGAGGAGUUCUUUUUUCUUUAUUCUUUUCAAUAGUGAUUUUUCCCUGUAUCUGGGUGUUUAGGGAUUUUGUUUUAUCCUGUAAUGGCUUUCAUUUCGGCUUUCCUUGAGAUUUUUCAAAAACCCACAAUUGGAGAUAUGAUGAUUGAGCUGAUGGGGUUCAUGGCUCCCAUCUGGAUAGCUGUUUUUGUUGGAGUUUUGGUGGGGUGGGCCUGGAAGCCCAAAUGGGCUAGUCUGAAGGUGGAUCUUAUUGAUUGUACGGCAAAGGAACAAGAAUCUUCUUCUUCUUCCGGGUCAGGGAUGGUCUUUUUGCAGUUUCCUUCAAUACCAAGCAUGAAUUCAUUGAAACUACAAGUUCCCAGCUGCGUUUCUUCGAUUUUUGAUUUUGGAUUUGAGAAAGAUACUUCAUCUCCGCCUUCAAUUCCAAGUCCUGAUUGCAGUUCAUCGAAGUUAGAAAAGGAAAGAACGGGACUUGUGAAUGAGGAUGACCUUAAAGAUUUACAUCAAUUAGUUGAGGAAAAAGAUGGAGGACCUGCUUGGAUUCAGAUGAUGGAUAGGUCAACCCCCAAUAUGAGCUAUCAAGCUUGGAGAAGAGACCCUGAGAAUGGACCUCCACAAUAUCGUAGCAGAACUGUUUAUGAGGAUGCCACUCCUGAAAUGGUGAGGGAUUUCUUUUGGGAUGAUGAAUUCCGAGCUAAGUGGGAUGACAUGCUUGUACAUGCUGAAACUUUAGAAGAAUGUCCCACCACAGGGACCAUGAUGGUUCAGUGGGUACGGAAGUUUCCAUUCUUUUGUAGUGACAGAGAAUAUAUCAUAGGUCGCCGAAUUUGGGAAUCUGGACGAUCAUAUUAUUGUCUUACAAAGGCCGUUCCAUGCUCUUCUCUGCCGCGUCGCAAUAAACCAAGACGUGUGGAUGUGUAUUUUUCGAGUUGGUGCAUUCGUGCAGUUGAAUCAAAGAGAGACGGCCAAUUGACUGCAUGUGAAGUUCUACUUUUCCAUCAUGAAGACAUGGGUAUACCUUGGGAAAUUGCAAAACUUGGUAUUAGGCAAGGUAUGUGGGGGGCUGUGAAGAAGAUCGAUCCCGCAUUGCGUGCCUACCAGAAGCACAUAGCAUCUGGAGCUUCACUUUCUCAUUGUGCUUCCAUGGCUCAGAUUAACACUAAAGUAAGUCUUGACACCCUCGACUCCUUGGGGAGCACAAGCACUUCAUCAGAAGUCGAAGCUCUUGAUUCAGAAAGUAAGCCAUCAGGAAGAAAUAUACCGAAGUUCCUAAUUGUCGGGGGAGCCAUUGUCCUUGCUUGUAGUCUGGAUCGAGGGCUCUUGACCAAGGCUGUUAUAUUUGGAGUUGCCAGAAGGUUUGCUAAUAUUGGUAGAAGGUUGUAAUUAUUGGGACAUGAGCAUCGACCCAAUGAUGCCAUCCUGGUUGGCUUGUCCUUCAGGGGAGCAAGGAAUGUGAGGCUUUAGUCCUCUGUAGAAGAAAAAAUGUAUUCUUUUUAUCUUUUAUUUGAGCCUUAAGGUAGCCGGCUACAGGUCAAGAAAAGAUAGAAAUGUUGGCAUUCCUUGAAAAUUGGAAAUUUCAUGCUGAUUUACUUUUUCCCUUGUCUUAUUUUCAGUCGUUUUGUUUGUGAAUCAAAAUUACCUGUCCUGAGAAGUUGAUUA